AUGUCGCAGACAAUUACAUCUCUAGAUCCGAAUUGUGUUAUUGUAUUCAAUAAAACUUCGAGUGCAAACGAGAAGAGUUUGAAUGUCGAAUUCAAACGUUUGAAUAUACAUUCUAUUAUCGAACCUGGCCAUGAUCUGCAAACAAGCUAUGCGUUUAUUAGAAUCCAUCAGGAUAAUGCGAAACCGCUUUUUUCAUUUUUGCAGAAUCUGGACUUCAUUGAAUCCAUCAUACCAUAUCAUGAUACUGAAUUGUCCGAUGAUUUGCAUAAACUGAUUUCUAUCAGCAAAUCAAAAAUACUGGAGGCUCCAAAACAGUAUGAGUUGUACAACCUAUCGAAUUUGACCAAUAAUCCCAAACAAUCCUUAUAUUUUGCAUUCUUACAGAACUAUAUAAAAUGGUUGAUUCCCUUCUCCUUUUUUGGAUUAUCAAUUAGAUUUUUAUCUAAUUUUACGUAUGAAUUCAAUUCCACAUACUCGCUGUUCGCCAUCCUAUGGACAUUGUCAUUUACAGCCUUUUGGCUUUAUAAAUAUGAACCAUUUUGGUCUGAUAGACUGAGUAAAUACUCAUCAUUUUCUACCAUUGAGUUUCUUCAAGAUAAACAGAAAGCCCAAAAAAAAGCUAGUUCGGUUAUCAUGUUGAAGAAAUGUUGUUUUAUUCCUGUGGCUUUGUUGUUUGGCGCAAUAUUACUAUCAUUCCAGCUAUAUUGUUUUGCGUUGGAAAUUUUCAUCAAGCAAAUUUAUAACGGCCCAAUGAUUUCCAUCUUGUCUUUUUUGCCUACUAUACUUAUUUGCACGUUUACUCCGGUUUUAACUGUGAUUUACAACAAAUAUUUCGUAGAACCAAUGACAAAGUGGGAAAAUCAUAGCAGUGUUGUGAAUGCAAAGAAAUCUAAAGAAGCUAAGAACUUUGUUAUUAUUUUUCUAUCCAGUUACGUUCCCCUAUUAAUUACACUAUUUCUUUAUCUGCCAAUGGGGCAUUUGUUGACCGCAGAAAUAAGAACUAAGGUUUUCAAUGCCUUUUCAAUAUUGGCCCGUUUACCUACCCAUGAUUCAGAUUUUAUUAUUGAUACAAAGCGCUAUGAAGAUCAAUUUUUCUACUUUAUUGUUAUCAACCAACUGAUUCAAUUUAGCAUGGAAAACUUUGUUCCAAGCCUUGUUAGCAUUGCUCAGCAGAAAAUUAAUGGACCAAAUCCUAACUUUGUCAAAGCUGAGAGUGAAAUCGGUAAAGCUCAACUCAGCUCAUCAGAUAUGAAAAUUUGGUCAAAGGUUAAGUCGUACCAAACAGACCCCUGGGGAGCAACAUUUGAUUUGGACGCCAACUUCAAAAAGCUUCUUCUACAAUUCGGGUAUCUUGUUAUGUUUUCUACAAUUUGGCCACUAGCUCCAUUUAUCUGUUUGAUAGUCAAUUUGAUUGUUUACCAAGUCGAUUUGAGGAAAGCUGUGCUUUAUAGUAAACCUGAGUAUUUUCCAUUUCCAAUCUACGAUAAGCCAUCCUCUGUGUCUAAUACCCAAAAACUGACGGUUGGUCUAUGGAACUCUGUCUUAGUUAUGUUCUCCAUCUUAGGUUGUGUUAUCACUGCUACUUUGACCUAUAUGUACCAGAGCUGUAAUAUACCAGGUGUCGGCGCUCAUACUUCCAUCCAUACGAAUAAAGCUUGGUACCUAGCAAAUCCAAUAAACCACUCGUGGAUAAAUAUUGUACUAUAUGCUGUUUUUAUUGAGCAUGUUAGUGUUGCUAUUUUCUUCCUUUUCUCUAGUAUUUUGAAAUCUUCCCAUGAUGACGUUGCAAAUGGCAUUGUGCCAAAGCAUGUAGUUAACGUGCAAAACCCACCAAAACAAGAAGUCUUUGAAAAAAUUCCCUCCCCUGAAUUUAAUUCGAAUAACGAAAAAGAACUAGUUCAAAGAAAAGGGUCUGCGAAUGAGAAGUUGCACCAAGAACUCGGUGAGAAACAGCCUGCCUCUUCUGCCAAUGGAUAUGAGGCACAUGCUGCCACUCAUGCCAACAAUGAUCCGUCUUCUUUAUCCUCAGCCUCCUCGCCUUCAUUAUCUUCUUCUUCUUCUAGCAGCAAAACCGGUGUAGUCAAAGCUGUUGAUAACGAUACAGCCGGAUCUGCUGGUAAAAAGCCAUUGGCCACAGAAAGUACUGAAAAAAGAAAUUCUUUGGUGAAGGUGCCUACCGUUGGCUCAUAUGGUGUUGCGGGCGCCACUUUACCAGAAACAAUUCCAACAUCUAAAAAUUACUACUUAAGGUUUGAUGAGGACGGUAAAUCCAUUAGGGAUGCGAAAUCCAGUGCAGAAUCUUCCAACGCCACCAAUAACAACACCUUAGGCACGGAAAGUAAGCUUUUGCCAGAUGGUGACGCCGUUGAUGCACUAAGUAGAAAAAUUGAUCAAAUACCCAAAAUUGCUGUUACUGGUGGCGAAAAUAACGAAAAUACCCAGGCCAAAGACGAUGCUGCCACUAAGACUCCACUCAUUAAAGAUGCAAAUAUUAAGCCUGUUGUCAACGCAGCUGUUAACGAUAACCAAUCGAAGGUUUCAGUGGCUACUGAACAAACAAAAAAGACUGAAGUAAGCACGAAAAAUGGCCCAUCAAGAUCUAUUUCCACGAAGGAAACUAAGGAUUCUGCGAGACCAUCUAAUAACAAUACUACUACUACUACUACUACAGAUGCUACUCAGCCCCACCAUCAUCAUCACCACCACCGCCAUCGUGAUGCUGGAGUGAAGAAUGUCACGAACAAUUCUAAGACAACCGAAUCCUCUUCCUCUUCAUCGGCGGCAAAGGAAAAACCAAAACAUAAAAAGGGGCUAUUGCAUAAGCUGAAAAAGAAGCUUUAA